CUUCUCCCUUGACGUGAACUCUGUUCAGCUUCCCAAGCAAAAGGGGGCAAAAACACAAACAGGUGUCGCGCACUCUUCCCUGUCCAGUGAACUGGGAAUCUCGACCCGUCACGCUUGGUAUCGCUUUCCUUGAACGUCUCCGCAUUCCCACGAUUCCGUCGCUCCUCACGGCCGUACCCACCCCUCCUGCAGCCAUCGUUCGUUUUCUCUUCUUCAUUCUCCCAAUAGUUCAAGAAAAUGCUCGCGUAAACCCCGGGGUUUUCGUUGGCACCUACCGAAACAAAUUCUUCUGGUUUUCAUAAGGAAAAUUAGAAGACGGCGAAGAAGAUGGAGAUUGGACUAGUCGAACUUCUGAGGGCGGCAUGGAUUGCUGGGAUUUUGCCUUUGUUGGUCGCGUCCUUGCCUUUUCGGAGACUCAGUCGGCUUCACGAGGCGAUGAUGGGUUUCGCCAAGAGGGGCAAGAUCAUGCAGUCCUCUUCGUAUAAAUUUACUGUCCCUCAAAGGUUCUUCACUCAUUUUUAUGCACUAGCUGUCAUAUGGACAGGGCUUCUGCUUGCUGCAACAUGGCUAUAUGCAUAUGAAAUGGCACCUAUUGCCUCAGAACCCUUUCUUUAUUCCUCUAUUGCCGGACACUUGACAGGUGGAUUGCAUCAUUUUACAUUGCAUAGAUCUCGUUCAACUCCGCUAAAGCAUAGAUACAUGGUUUGGAAGUCUGUGUUUCUGCUUCUGUUAAUGGAGAUCCAAGUUUUGAGGCGCCUGUAUGAGAACAUAUAUGUAUUUAACUACAGCCCAUCAGCUCGGAUGCACAUAUUUGCCUAUCUAACUGGACUUUUUUUCUACACUGCUGCGCCAUUGUCACUUUGCAGCAACUUUGCAGUGGAAGUAUAUGAAUUUUCAGCCAAUCGAGUGUCUGAGUUCAUUGUUAGAGGCAAAGAUCAGAUGGCCUCCAGCGAAUUCGAUUUGUGGGAGUUUGUCAAUCCUCUUAUCAAGCUUGGAUGGCGUCACUGGAUUGGCGCUAUUAUCUUUCUCUGGGGUUGGAUUCAUCAGCAUCAGUGUCAUAGAAUCCUUGGCUCGCUACGUGAACGCAGAGAAGAAAAUCAUGAAUAUGUAAUCCCUCAUGGCAAUUGGUUUAAACUUGUCUCAUGUCCACACUAUUUGGCCGAGAUAGUUAUAUAUGCGGGACUAGUGGUUGCAAGUGGAGGAUCAGACCUGACAAUCUGGUUGCUGUUUGGUUUUGUGGUGGCGAAUUUGGUCUUUGCGGCAGCAGAAACACAUAGGUGGUAUCAUAGUAAAUUCGACAACUAUCCACGGGACCGGUAUGCUAUCAUCCCAUUAAUUUACUAAUAUUUGUGGCCAACAUACAAGCUUGUACAGAAGAGACAGCAAACUGUAAAUAGGGAAGGAUCAUGGGUUUCUUAAUCCCAGCCGUUGUUUAAUCUGGGUGUCUGUUGUAUAUGGCUGUAGGAGGAGUUACUCCCAUGCAGUUAUAAGAAUUACCAAGUUGAGUAAGGAUCAUUGGUUUCAUUUUUCUUUAAUUCAUUUGAUAGCAAAAAAGACUGUAAAGCUUGAGAAGCUCUUGCAUUAUCCUGACUGGUGUAUUAUUGAUGCAAAUUAACAUUCUUGCUGGAUCAAAAUUGCUGGAACAUAUGAUGAAUA